AUGGUGCAAAUACCGACUCGCACACGCACUCGUACGCUGUCCUUUUCCGUUCGCGAAGCAUGUGGGAGGCAAAGACCGAUGACAGAGGAGCCUGCGUGCCCGACACCAUGCGCCCAUUCCCCUACGCUCGACACCGCUUGCGCCCAAGAGCGUGAACUUGACAGUGACAGCGUUCCGGUGCCAUUCCCAGCUGACGAAGAUGACGAAUGGGGAACGGAUAAACUCCCGAUGGCUUCUACUUCCACGUCCCCAUUGACAGUCGCCAAAGGAAAGAAGCUCGUGGCAAAGACUAUCAAGCCACUGCCGACGCCACCCACUCCUUCUCUUCCUGACCCAGAGCCCACACCCGCACGGACACACUCGACGAGAGCACGCGUCCCCUCUCCCCUUGCGCCCUACUGGAAACCCACCCCCGUUUCGAUCGUGACUCGUCAGCGAAGAGGCCGACUGGCCCCAGAGCCACUAGCACGAAAAGCGAUAAAAGCACAUUUUGCACGCACACCGCAUGAGAGGGUCCGGAAACUCAGCGGAGAAAAGGAAAUGAGGCCGACGAGACUCGAUGUCCCUCGGCCCAUGCUUCUCCCCCCUGUACUCAUGGAUGCGGAUCUCCAAUUCGACGAGACGCCGACGAAGCGGCCGAGUAUUAGUAUCCAGUUUCCGUCGGAGAGUGUUCGCUUCCCUACCGCUGCGGGCGUAGAAGAAGAUUCGAGCUGGGUCCCACUCAGUGUCCAGAGUGGAGCGGUCCCCGUCGAGGUGGAAGAAUGUGAUAUUGUCGAGAUGGAGACGGAUGCAGAUUGGUCAAAAGCCAAAAUUUCCCAGGCGCUCACUUUGGCACCGGAUGAUAUUCCCAAUGAGCCCCAGUUGUUUAGUUCAUUAGCCGCACUUUUUUAUGAGCGAUUUAGCAUUCUGGGAGAGGUGAACGAUCUCAACCAGUCAAUUGAGUGGAGAUCAAUCGCUCUGGAUCUUACUUCUGAUGACGACCCAGCUUGUCUACAACUACUAACUGAUCAAGGCGUCUCUCUGCGCAAGCGGUUCGAACGUCUGGGCGACCUCCAGGAUGUGGAUCAAGCCAUUGAAUAUGGAUAUAUUGAAGUUUCUUUGACACCACCAGGUCAUCCUGAACUACCAGGUCGACUCACCAGUCUAGGCGUUUCCCACAGCUAUCGGUUUCAGCGCCUGGGCGAGAUGGGGGAUCUCGAGAAAGCAAUCAAAUGUCAAGGUUAUGCAGCCUCGCUGAGCCCGUAUAAUGACCCCCACCUCCCGGGUCUGCUCACUAACCUGGGUAUAUCUUAUAAAAAUCGAUUCAAGCGCCUUGGUAACUUGGAUGACCUCGAAGAAGCAAUUGAGUAUCAAUCUGAUGCGGUCGAAUUGACUCCAAAGGGCCACCCCGGCUUGCCAGGUUACCUUGCUAAUCUAGCAGCGUCCUACACCCACAGGUUCCAACGCUUGGACAAGCUAGAUGAUCUUGAAAAGGCAAUCAAAUAUGGCGCCGAUGCUGUCACAAUGACCCCUAAAGAUGAUCCUCACCUUCCUGGUCUACUUGCUAACCUGGGUGUAUGCCACGAGCUUCGAUUCAAGCGUAUGGGAGAAAUUGAGAAUCUCGACAAGGCGAUAGAAUGCGAAUCUUGUGCGAUCGCUUUAACUCAUCGCGACCACCCAGAGUUACCAAAACGUCUCUCUAAUCUGGGGAUAGCUCACAGAAAUCGAUGUAAACGUCUAGGAGACCUGAGCGAUCUCGAUAAUGCAAUUGAAUGCGGGUUCUAUUCGGUCAUUUUGGCUCCGAAGAAUCAUCCAGAAUUGUCAGGUUACCUUAUUAACCUAGGGUCCUCUCACAAUCAUCGGUUCGAGCGCCUGGGUAAACUGAGCGACCUUGAGAAAGCAAUCGAAUGCGGGACUGGUGCGGUCAUUUUGACUUCGCGCGGGGACCCUGGGUUGCCGAACCGACUCGCGAAUCUGGGUGCGUUCCACAGGAAUCGCUUCAAGUGUCUUGGUGAACUUGGAUCGUCCCAUAGCUAUCGGUUUGGGAGCACCGGAGACUUGGAAGACCUCGAGAAGGCUAUUGAAUAUGGGACCCGUGCAAUUGAUUUGAUUCCCGAUGGCCAUCCAAACUUGGCCUACCUGCUCACUUGUCUCGGUGCAUCUCACAAGAGUCUAUAUGAGCGUUUGGGAGAGCUUGGAGACCUCAGAAAAUCAAUUGAAUAUAAAUCUCGGGCGAUCAAAGCGACGUCCGACAAUGAUCCGGGACUGUCCGGCCAACUCACCGGCCUAGGAGAGUGUUACGGCCUUCGCUUUGAGCGUUUAGGCGAGCUGAGCGACCUUGAAAAUGCAAUCGAUUGUGAACAUCGUGCGGUAACCUUGACUCCCUACGAACACCAUGAUUUACUAGGAAGAAUAAACAAUCUGGGGGUAUCUUACAGCCAGCGGUUUAAACACCUCGGCGAACUGGGUGACCUCUACGACGCAAUCGAAUGUCAACACUACGUAGUCGCAUUGACUCCUGAUGGCCACCCUCAAUUGUCACGCCGCUUGUCAAAUCUGGCAGCAUCUUAUAGCCAUCGGUUCCAGAUCCUGAACGACCCGUAUGACCUCGAGACAUCCAUUGAAUGCCAGUAUCGUGCAGUCACUUUGACUCCUCAAGGUCAUCCUGAUCUGUGCUGGCAGCAUUUCAACUUAGGCACCUGUUACCUUUAUCUAUCUCUCUACUCGGGAUGUCCCUCUCAUAAGCAGGAGUCGUAUCACUUCUUCCGUUUGUCCACCCAAUCACUUUCUGGUGCACCACGUCUCAAGUUUGAUAACGCAUUCAAAUGGGCAAAGCUCGCUUCUAUGCACAGCUUUCUUCAGCCGCUCGAAGCCUAUCAAACUGCGAUCGACCUUUUGCCCCAGUUUGUCUGGCUUGGCGCCACGACUGCUCAGCGUUAUCAGGAUCUAGAGGCAGUCGAGAGUUUGGCUGUACAAGCGGCCGCCAUUGCUAUUACCUCCUCCGAUUAUACUCUGGCUCUUGAAUGGCUCGAGCAUGCCCGUUGUGUGGUAUGGAAUCAAAGUCUUAUGCUCCGAUCACCACUUGAUAAGCUUUGCUCUGUCAACCCAGACCUGGCUGCGCGUCUUCAGGAUGUUGCUGAUAGCCUGCAUACUGCAGGUCUGGAGUCUCGAGAGUCUCGGUCACAAGAAUCUGGUUCGAUGACUCCAGAUCAGGUUGCCCAGAAACAUCGUAGUCUUGCCAAGGAAUACAAUGACUUGUUAGCUCAGAUUCGUGAGAUUCCCGGAUUUGAAGAUUUCCUGCAGCCGACGAAAGCAAAAGUUCUUAUGAGUGCCGCCCGAUAUGGUCCCAUCGUCGUGAUCAACUGCUAUGAGGACCGCUGCGAUGCGCUUCCAAGAAAAGGGUCAAAGCACCCGAAUCAAGAUGGAACACUGAUCAGGAGUAAUCAAGUGAGAGACGGUAUGGUCAAACGCAGGCCGGUAGUUCCCAUAGAAGAUUUUGAUUUCGAAAGUUUGCUGGCGGUCCUAUGGUACGAUAUCGUCAAACCAGUUCUUGACCAUUUGGGAAAAUGUUUCAAAGGAAACCUUGCCGCAUAUAACCUGGUGCCCGACCGGAAUAUUAUCUUCUUUCCAUUGCAUGCAGCUGGGGAUUAUGAAAUAACAGGAGCAAGGGUGUUUAAAUAUGUUAUUUCUUCAUACACCCCCACUCUCACCGCACUUCUUAACUCCACUUCGAACACAUUGACUCCAGAUUCCAAGGUGCUUAUAAUCGGGCAAGCAAACACACCAGGUCAAACUGAGCUGCCUGGAACUGACGAGGAACUCGAGUACGUCAAGAAACACAUACAAGGCAAAGCAAAUAUUUCAGAACUUGUAGGCAGCGCGGCAACAAAGACGAAUGUGCUUGAUGCGAUAACAAAACAUGACUGGGUGCACUUUGCUUGCCAUGCUCACCAGAACGUCCAGGAUCCAACAAUGAGCGAGUUUUUCUUAUACGACGAUACCCUUGACCUUGUUUCUAUCAACCGAAAGUCGCUUAAAGGCAAAGGCUUGGCCUUCCUCUCUGCUUGCCAGACCGCAACUGGUGAUGAGAAGCUACCGGACGAAGCUAUACACCUUGCAUCCGGUAUGCUGAUGGCCGGAUACUCGAGCGUUAUUGGAACGAUGUGGCCUGUGGGUGACCAGGAUGCACCGUUUGUAUCCAACAAAGUAUAUGAUCAAUUAAUGAAGGAAAGAAUAAUUGGAAACGGAGAGGCGGGUAGAGCACUUCAUAAUGCUAUCUUCGCGUUGCGUGGAGAGAUUGGGGAGAAGGAGUUUGGACGAUGGGCACCAUUCAUUCAUAUUGGGUUGUAG